CUGCGCUGCACUGACGUCACGAUGAUUUUGUGUACAUAGACGACUACUGCGCCAGGACAGUGUGCAGUGACAUGCACAAGAAGAAAAAGGACUGAAAAAAGUUUGUUGUUGAGAUGUCAGUCUGUGUUGGAUUGUAGGUAAAGCCUUCGCGCUCGCCUGUAUCUAGAUAUUAUUCUGUUCAUGAACGGGAUAUUAUCCGCUUGUUGUUUGAAUGUGCGUGCAUAACGGUGAGGAGCGACGACUGUGAGAAGCUAAAGCAUCAAGUUAUCUACCACAUCUGACUACAGCUCGCGAAAACUUGAUCAUGGAGGGAAUCCAAGGUCUUACUAAAGGCGCUCCUGCUUCAGUAGCUCCUACCAAUCAGCAGCAGCAGCCCGGUACAGCAGCACCUGCUCAUCAGGAUGUAUUAGCUCUUACAGCGGGCUCUGCGCACCAGCCAGUACUAGCAGGGAGCGGCGGCGCGUACAGUGCUGCUGGUGUUGGCACAUCGGCUGCAUCCACCAUGUUUGCAGGCGAGAUAGGCACAGUUCCUGGAUCGACGCAGGCUUCAUCGCUUCCCGCAGCCACCCUGUCGAAACCUCCAGCAAGCAACGCAUCUAAUACUGGCGAGGAUUCGACCCCCAGUAACAAGAAGAGGCGACAGAAGUGCGGCCAAUGCGAACCAUGCAAGAUCACGGCUGACUGUGGACAUUGCAUCAAUUGCGAAAACAAGACUAAGUUCAAGCAAGUGUGCAAGCAGCGCAAAUGCAACAAUCUUCGAAGGGUACGGUCUGCAUUCAGCGGUGAACAAACGGCUUCACCUUCAGAAAAAAGUAGAGAAUCUAGCGAGCCCAGCGCUAAGAAGCUAUACCAUGGGCCGGCAUCAUCUACUGCCACUUCAGCCCCUUUGAAUCUACAAGACCAGCCAGCCCCCGCCACAGUUACUGCCCCUGUGCCCUCAUUGUCAUCGGCAGCUGCACAAGCUGCGCCAGCCGCCGCAGCAGCAGUUGCAGCAGCACAAGCCGCACCAGUCCCCACUGCAGCGGCAUCAACAGUGCCGACUGCUACGAUACAAGGAGCCAGUAAUGGCAAUGGCGUCAUGCAAGGAGCAGGCCAGAGUGUUCUGUUCCCCCCGAUGGCGCCUUGGCAAUUGGCAGCUUCAGCCGCUGGUGUUGGCUUUCCUGCGGCCUAUGCAGCUGCUGGUGCUGCCUCAAUUUCAAAUGCCGCUGUGCCUGACAGCACUGCUAACAACCCAAGUGCAGCAGCUUCUGCUAACGACAAUGAGAGCAUGGUGGCGGCCAUGGCGGCUGCAGCAGCUGCACCGCCUGCUUUCCCGUUCCUCAACAGUUACCUCCCACCGCCAAUGCCGCCUGGUCAACCCAACAUUGGUGGCGACACUAGCCAAGAUGUCACUAAUGCUCCAGCUUCAGGCUCGGUCACACUCAGCACGUUCGAAUUAGCUGCUAUGUUGUCUGCGGCCAGUCAAGCAACAAAUACUCUGUCAUUAAGUCCAGAGAAUGUUGCUGCAGUGCUGGCCGCAUUACAACAAGGUCAGAACUCGGAAAUGCCAGCUGAAGCUACUAAUGGCACUAAGGCCCCUGCGCCAAGCGCUCCACCAGCCGAGCCUCCGCAGGCACCUCCUGCUGCGGCAGUGGCAGCUUAUGCAGCGCUGCCUGCCCCAACAGCGACCACUGCACCUCCUGCUGCAGCUGCUGCUGCGGCGGCAACAGCGUCUUCACCAACAGCAGCCGCCGCCGCUGCAGCAUCAUCAUCAUGCAAUGCGAAAACAACUGUGGCGACGUCAGUGGCGGGCGCGGCCGCGGCACAGGGGACUAAGCGUCCACCAGGCAUGAGUGUGGCAACAAACCGAGUCCUGAUGAAGGCAGAGAAAAGAGUUUUGAAGGGCAAAAAGGCGGAUGCGGACGUCAUUGCCAAACUGAACCAGUUGACCCGGUCGAAGAAGCCUAAAAGAUCCAGUGGUGCCAACGCAGCACCAUCAGUAGCUCCACCCUGUGGCUGCACAGCGUCUGUUGAUGUAGAUGGCCAUUACUACACUCAUUUCGGCGCUGCAGCUGAUGCUCAGCAGCUUCUUGAAGUCGUGCAGAAAUGGUACAACGUUCCUGCUUCCGGCAUACGCAUGGUUGAACUCAAGUUCACAGGGCGGGGUACGAGGUCGGACGGAUGCCCGAAGCACAACUGGACACUGCGCCGAGAAGUGCCAACUGAAACUCACAUGGUCUUGUAUCGGCAACACAAGCAGCAUAAAUGCCAGAAGAAGUUCACUGUGAUUGCCAUUGUUCACUGGGACUUUCUACCAACAAUAUAUUGCACAAACUUGUACCGCAUGCUGACAGCAACACUGCCUGAUCAUGGACUGCCAUCGAAGAGAAAGUGUUCUGCUAACGAGAGGAAAACGUGCAAUUGCAUGGGCGAUCCGGAUGAUGGGGCGUGUGCAUAUGCCUUCGGCUGCCUGUGGAGCGUCUAUUAUCAUGGCUGCAAGUUUGCUCGAAGCAAGAUCGUGCGCAAAUACAAACUCAACUCACCUGAGAAGGACAAGGUUAUUCCGGACGAGACUCGACUGGAGGAAGACUUGGAUCGACUGGCCACUGUCCUGGCACCAGAAUUGGAAGCCCUUGCGCCAGAAGCUUAUCGAAAUCAGAUUGCCGAUGAAGUCGAGGCACCGGACUGCAGAAUUGGACAGCAGGGCGACAGGAAGCGACCGUUCGCCAGCGUAUGUGCAGGAUUCGACUUUCCCUGCCAUGGACAUGCAGAGCCGUCAGAUCUUGACAACGGUGCCACACUGGUAUGCACUCUGCUUGGUAAAGAGGUACCCAACUCUACUGCUGAUCCAAGCGAGGAACAGCUGCAUAUCUUGACUGCCUACAGUUUGGCUGACAGCACUGAAGAAGGUGGAGGUGUCGGCUUAGCCCUGGGCAACGGUUCCAUCUUGGUCAAAUACUGCGUGAAGGAUGUGUAUGCGAACACAGCUCUUGUGAGGCCGAAUCGGAAAGCUCCGGCUCGUAUUUCUCUUGUCUUCCAGCAUGGCCGUCAACUGAACCGCCUCAAGCAUGGUACUGCUGAAAUUGCAGACAAGAUGAAGAAGAUACAGGAGGAGCGAGAAGAAAUGAUGGCAGAGGCUGUCAAGCAAGCAGAGAUCGAUAAGGUGGAGAAGGCCGAGGAAGACAAGAAAAGCGCAGCAGUAGCAGCAGCAGCGGCAGCAGCAGCCGCUGCCGCCACUGCUGCGGCCCCUCAGCCAAAUGUAUUGUCAGUGUUGGAACAGUCUGGUAGCACCGGUCAAAAACUUACCGUAGAAAAUGCUGCUAGUCAAUUUGCCCAAUGGCAGCAGCAGCAACAGCAACAACAACAGCAGCAAGGAGCUGCCGGUGGCGCUACACUAGAUGGAGUCCUGACAGAGCUUGUUCUUGAUAGUGGUGGCGGUGGUGGAGCACAAGCAGAGGCGACCAACGCAACUGGCCUGGGUUUGCCGCCAGAGUCUGUGUCCAGUUUCCUGAUGAUGAAUGAUCUGUUUGGUAGCUUCACUAAUCAACAGGCUAGUGCAGCUGAAGGAGCUGCAAACGAGGCUCCGGGGGCUGCUGUGUUGGAAGGCGGCGGACAAGAAGGACAGGAUGCUAACUGGAGUGCUCCAUCUCCCGAAAUGCCCAGCCUGGUGGAUUUGCUGAACAAGCCUGGCGACGACAGCCUGCCCAUCAUACCGCCGCCCAGCUAUGCACUGCCUCCAGCUCCAGCUGUCCCUGCCCAAGACAGCAGCGCGGCGGUGUCUGCCAGCACCAAUCCCGCUACAGCUAACGUUCCAUUGGGCGCUACGUCUACUGCUGCGCCGGUGGUUGCGGCGGAAGGUGGCUGGGCUGCUAGCCUGAAUGCAUUAGCAGCACCACCAGCUGCAGCAGCAGCAGCAGCAGCAACAGCAGCAGGUGGUGACCAGGAACACACCGGUGGUGGUGCUGGUACCAGCCAGGAAUCCGUCUCCACACCGCAAGGUGGGGGCGCUGAUGUGGCCUCUGCUGGCGACAAUGAAGAAUCUCCAGCACCAGCUGCCGUGGGUGGUGACGAUCCGGCUCGUCUGAGCGAACUGUCGCUUGGCAGAGCCUCCGAGCCGAGUCACACUCCCCUUGCCGGUGUGUCUGGCCCCAACUCAGUCGCUGCUCAGGAUGACCCUGUACAACAGGCCACCGCGCUGAUGCAAGAUGGCAGUGAGCAGCCAGCUUUGCAAGUUGCCAGUUCACCAGCUGAAGACCAGCAGCAAUUACAGUGGCAAAUGCAGCAACAGCAGCAGCAGCAACAGCAGUUUCCUGCACAAUCCCCACCAUUGAUGGCACACAAUAUGCUCCAACAGCUGUAUCCUGGGUUGGUACAACGACAGCAGCAACAGCAACAUCAGCAGCAGCAGCAACAACAACAGCCGCAGCAACAACUACAACAACAGCACCACCAGCAACUUCAGCAGCAACUCCAACAACAACAGCACCAGCAACAUCAGCAAUCAAAAGAGCAGGUCCAAAAAGAGGAUGAGAGUCAUCAGGAGUCUGGUCAAGCCCAAAGCCAAGCAGCCGCUGCUCAGAUUCAGCUGCCAACACAGCAGUAUUUACAACAGCUGCAACUUCAGCAGUUCCAACAACAAAUGCAGCAGCGACAGCAGCAGCUGCAACAAGUCCAGCAGCAGCAGACGCAAGCCCAGCUACAAUCACAACAGCCACAUCAACUUCAUACACAACACCAGAGGCCACCGCAGCAGCAGCAACAUGCAGUGCGACAGCCGAUCAGUUCUCCUUCUCUGGCUGCUCCUAAUCAGGCUGAAGAGAAAAAGGAAAGAAGUCCCACAACAGAAGAAAAGCCUGUUGUAUAUGCUGGCAGUCAGCAGAUGGCACAAGUACAGCAGCAGCAGCAGCAGCAGCAGCAACAGCCAGAUCAAAAGAGUGUACUGCAAAUGCAACAGGCCCAGGUUAAACAAAUGAAACGAAACGAGCAGCAGCAGCAGCAGCAACAACAGCAAACACAACAGCACCAGCAACAACAACAACAACAACAACAACAACAACAACAACGACAUAUGCAGCAACAGCAGCAACUGCGCCAGCACCAACAAAGGCACCAGCUGCAGCAGGAACAGGCGCUGCAGCAACAGCAGAAGGAACAGGCGCUGCAGCAACAGCAGCAGCAACAGGCCAGUAAGCAACAGACUAAACCGCGACGAGGGGCGAAACCAGUGAAGGAAAACCCAGUCGCUGCCAUUGUUGGCCCGCCAAGCCAUGGAUCAGAGGAGCAGCAGGACCGUAGUGCCACGAAUUCUCCGCAGAAUAUGGCAGCAGCACAGUACUUGCAGCAACGGCAGCAACAGGCAAUGCAGCAAAGACAACAGCCAACUGCACAGCCAGUGCAGCAGCCGCAACAUCACCAUCAGCAGCAACAGAAGCAGAAAGCACAGCAAGAAGCGCAUGCAGCACAUCAAGCUGCACAGCAGCAAGCAAAGCUGCAGCAAGAACAGCAACUGAAGUAUGAAAUGCAAGCUGCACAGCAUGAACAGCUGCGCCUCGUGCAAGAGCAGAGAGCACAAGCGCAACAAGCUGCACAACAGCAGCAAGCUGCACAGCAGCAGCAAGCUGCACAGCAGCAGCAAGCUGCACAGCAGCAGCAAGCUGCACAGCAGCAGCAACAGCAGCAGCAGCAAGCUGCACAGCAGCAGCAAGCCGCACAGCAGCAGCAAGCUGCACAGCAGCAACAACAGCAGCAACAACAGCAGCAGCACCGAGAAAACCUCAAAUCACCUCCCAAAGCUGUGCAACGUGCCAGCAGAACACCCAGCCAACCACGCAUCUCUCCAGCAUCGCAAUCCCCUGCAACACACCAGAUUGCGCCAGCCCAGACAGUCCAGAUGGUUACCUCGGCUCAUCCGCAGCAGCAUAUGCUGGUAGCGCAGCAGCAGCAGCAACAGCAACGGUACAUUCCGGCACAGCAGCAGUGGCUAACAUCCACGCACCCUGGUAUUCGGCCUCUGUGGCCGUCGCAAUACUCCAUGGUGCGGCCCGGUCACGCGCUGACGCCAGUUAGCAGCGUCGAAUCGGGAGCACAGGCAGCGGCGCUCAGUAAUCGACAGCCUGUUGCUCACCUCGCGAGUGGCGACCGGGCACUGCAACCAGCUGCUGCUGCUGCAUUGGCUGCGGCUCAGCAGGGUCAGGCAACUCCCACAGCCAUACAGUCACCGUAUGGUUUCAGCACACAGGCACAGGGGGCACGCGGUGCCGCCCUGCCCAUGGGAGUGCCCGCGCCACGUCCCGCUGGCAUUCCGGUGGACGCAGCCCAGCAGGCGUAUGCACGCAUGCCCGUCCAAGUGGGCCGCGCUCUUCCGGGUCAGAUGCAGCCGCGCAUCCUGCCGCAAGGCUGGCAGCAGGCCAUGCAAGGCAUGGUGCGCACACCCAAUGCUGGACAGCAGCUGGCUGGACAGUUUGCCGCUGCUCCGCCGGGCGUUGCACAGCCCAACAUUGUUAGUAUGAUGGCGCCGCAGCAAGAUCGCUGGAACUAAACACACGGCUACAAACAGUAUCCGACGCUGAUAUUCCUGAUAGUUAGGUGGUGCCGGUAUUACCGACACGCCUACAUAUAAUGUGCUCCCAUUGAGGAUGGUGACCAGACCUACUACAUACUUUGACUGAAUGAAAACGUGACUUCGGUUGUGGAACCAUUGAUGUAGUUCUACUGCGGAUGUACUGGUCUAUUGCUGAACUUUGACGAGCAACAACGGUCCUUGACAUUGCACCUUUACGUAAUAUGAUAUUUGAAGCCCUUUCGAAUGGGGCAGUUAGUCACAUACACAGAAACUGUCUUGAUCAAUGCACGACAACAUUGCCAGUCUUGUAUUUGUUUACUGAAAGCUACCUGCGAGUACUACCAUAAUUAUCAGAUUGCCCUUCACUUGACUUCGUCCACCGCACACAUGUCAAUGCUUGUACACGCCAGCGGCUGAGUUCAUGAGGUGAAACGAGUAUCGCAUCGCACGCAACAGCUUUAGCAGCGGCAUGCGAUCCGAAUAUUCAGCCAAAAUAUUAAAUUUUCAUAAAAAUUCAUCCAAAUAUUAUUUGGUUGAAAAUUCUCCAUCUAAUAUAAAUCGUAGUAUCCGUGUCAAACGUCUGUUUGUGCGUUGUAAUGCUCCGUUUUCGAAUUGCCUCUUCACUUGUUUCUGGUCUAUUCAAGUACGCCUUAGUUGAACUAACUGAUUUUUGUACCAGCUGGCUAAUUCUCAAGUUCAAGCCAAUCUUGGUUUCAACCAUAUCUUGAAUUUCACUGCACAGUGCAAUUGCUACUUUCUACUGUAUUUGUCUUAAUGUUCACUGUACAGUAUACGUGUCUUCGUGUUGUGACUGCACUUGAUUUCUUGGAUGGUGUUUUGCUUGCUUGGCUUUUCGGUUUGAGAAUGCUUGACUUGCGUAGUACUUGUCUUGUAGAGAAGUUUUCGAUUACUGUUUCCUUGAGCAAACCUCUA